UUUCCCUUCCUGUAUUUCUAUCAUUGUGAUGUCUGUGUUAUGGAAUAAGUGAAUGAAGUCUGAUGCUAAAUAAGUCAAUAUGAUCGACAAUAAAUUUGCUGUGAUUAAGUUCAUAUCCAGGCAUAAACUGCUGUUUGGUUGUCUUAUAGCAGCAUGGAUCAUAGGCAUGAUAUUUGCAGUUAUGCUUAUCGGCAGAAAUAGUCACUCCAAAAUAAGAGUACAAAGAAUGUAUCCAUUGAUUCAUCCUCUUCAGCACAAUCGAUUGCCUCCUGCUUCUAGCUUCAAAAUGGUGAAAGCAUUGAGAUAUUGCAAUCCUCCUAGUGAUAUAAUUGUUGGACAAGAAGGUAAACCACCUGUAAAUGGAACUUUAGAUUUUGUGUCUGUUGUAAUUAGACAUGGUGAUCGUGCUCCUCUUCGUCCAAUCAGGAAUCAAUCUAUAAUUAACUGCGGCACUCCACCUAGUCCUCUUCUUCAUAGGUAUCUUAGAACUCUUAAGCACUUACGUGGCUCUGCUAAACAUUUGUAUCCUUUUACCACUUUUCCUUUGCACCCUGCCGAAAAACAUUGCACAUCCGCUCAAAUGACUUUAGCUGGAGCUCACCAACACUUAAUGGUUGGCCAUGUACUUCAAAAAGCGUACAUAGAAGAUCAUAAUCUUUUGGAUAAAAACUGGACUUCUAAUCAUAUUAAAUUGUACAGUACUGUGUAUUCAAGAACAUUCCAAAGUGCUGUUGCAUUUCUUUUCGGGUUCUUGCCUAGUUUUAACAUUUCAAACAUAAAGAUCAUUCCCUCUCCUGAUACUAGGUUUUGUAUGACUGAUUAUUAUUGUCGAUGCCCUUUGUUAGAACACUUACAAGCACUGCUAGACAGAAAAAUGAAAAAACUUUUUCAUUCUCAUCCUGCUGUUGUGCAUCUUUUGCAAAAACUGAAUCCCAUUGUUAAGUUUCAUCCAAACCAUUCUGACAUCUCAGCACCAAUAGGAAUGUUUGAUAGUCUCAUGGGCUAUGUUUGUCACGGCUCUCACUUGCCUUGCAUUCCUGGUACAAAUGAAUGUGUCACUUUUGAACAUGUGCGCAAUCUUAUUGCUUAUCUUGACUGGCAAGGACGCCAGUUUGUGCGAGAUGGCACUCAUACAAGAACUGCUAAACUGAGAAUGCAGGGCUUUCUCGUACAUCUGGUCAACAAUAUGAAAAGUUUUAUUAAUGGAAAGGUGACAUCCCGAUUUGUUCUGUAUUCCGGUCAUGAUGUAACUUUAGAACCUCUUUCAACUGCUUUAGGUAUUGAUGAUGGUACCUUAAUCCCAUAUGCCUCUCGUAUUGUUUUUGAACUGUACAGUCAUACCGUGAACAACAAGCUGAAGUACGUCUUGAAAGUAUUGUACAAUGGCAAAGAUGUGACAAAGUAUUUAUCCUUUUGCAAAAUGAAUUUUAGGGAGUCUUUAAAGAAAACUGAACAAUAUUCUGAUUAUGGUGUUUGCCCAUUUGAAAGUUUCCAGAAAUUUGUCAAAGAGGAUUUUGUUUUAGCAAUGGGUGCAUCAUCAUUUGUAGCAGCCUGUGAUUCUACACAUGCAACUUCUGAAGCUUUUGAUGUAAAAUAUAGUUCCUAUGUUGAUGAGUAUUAUAAAGCUUGA